AAUGGCCAAGAGGAUCACAAGAUUCUCAGGAGGGAGGAGUUCGAGGGGAAGCUGAGAGACAUGGGCCUGGAGCUGGAGAAAGACGAGGACGAAGCUUGUCGGGAGAGAGGAACAGGUGAUGGACACUAUGCAGGCCUUCAGGAUGCGACAGUGAUCUGGUGUCUCCCUGCAAAGGUUCAAUAAAGGGACAUCGAAUACCAAACCUCUCCUGUACUCUUUCAUCCUCUUGGCUUAUCUCUGUCUAUCAAGACCAAGAUUUCGGGGAUGGCCUUUGUGAAGAUUCACGCUCCGUGGAACGUUCUCUGUCGAGAGGCCGAGUUAAUGAAGCUGAAGAUGCCCACCAAGAAGGUGUAUGAAGUCAAGCAGUUGCGCGGUGUGGUGGAGAAGAUCAGCUCCCUGGUCAGUAAAGUUCUGGAACCUCUCCACCCUCAAGUUGAGGAACAUCAACCCAAGAACAUCAAACACCUGUCGCACACGUUCUCCAGAGAGAAACAGCACCUGUUUGACCUCUCAGAUAAAGAUUACUUCUUCGACAGCAAAACCAGGAGUUCAAUAGUUUUUGAAAUACUUAGACGAACAAAAUGCAAGGCCAAGUACAGCAUGGGCAUCACCAGUCUCCUGGCUAGUGCCGUCUAUGCAGCAGCGUAUCCUCUCCAUGAUGGAGAUAUUAAUGAGGAGAGCGCCAACGACCGAAAGCUCUUGUAUGAAGAGUGGGCAAACUACAGUGUCUUCUACAAGUACCAGCCCAUUGGACUCGUGCGGAAGUAUUUCGGGGAGAAGAUCGGUCUGUACUUCGCCUGGCUGGGUCUGUACACACAGAUGCUGAUUCCUGCUUCUCUAGUGGGCGUCAUUGUGUUCCUGUAUGGGUGUGCCACAGUCGACGACAACAUACCGAGCAUGGAGAUCUGCCACCCCAGGAACAACAUCACCAUGUGUCCUCUGUGUGACCGCGUGUGCAGCUACUGGAGGCUGAGCACGGCCUGCGCCACGGCGAGGGCCAGCCACCUGUUCGACAACCCGGCCACCGUCUUCUUCUCCAUCUUCAUGGCUCUGUGGGCCGCCAUGUUCAUGGAGCACUGGAAGAGGAGGCAGAUGAGGCUGAACUACGAAUGGGACCUGACCGGGUUCGAAGACGAGGAGGAAGCUCUCAAGGACCACCCCAGGGCGGAGUACGAAUUCAGGGUCAUGCAGAAGUGUCUGAGCAAAGACCAGAAAUCGAAGCACAAGAUUGAAAAGCUCACGUGUCAAGACCGCCUCCCGGCCUACAUGACCAACGUCGUCAUGAUGCUGUUGAUGAUCGGCGUCACGUUUGCCAUCGUGUUUGGCGUCAUCCUCUACCGGAUCUCCACCAAAGCCGCCCUGUACAUGAGCUCCAAUCCGGUCACGCGGAGCCACGCCCAGCUGACGGUGAAAACCACCGCGGCCAUCAUCAACCUGGUGGUCAUCCUCAUUCUGGACGAGGUGUACGGAGCCGUGGCGCGGUGGCUCACCGUGUUAGAGGUUCCCAAAACAGACAAGAGUUUUGAGGAACGACUCAUCUUCAAGACCUUCAUUCUCAAGUUCGUCAACGCGUUCACCCCCAUCAUCUACAUCGCCUUCUUCAGGGGACGACUGGUCGGCCGACCGGGCAGCUACCUGUACGUGUUUGAAUCCUACCGAAUGGAAGAGUGUGCUCAUGGAGGCUGUCUCAUGGAGCUGUGCAUCCAGCUGAGCAUCACCAUGUUGGGAAAGCAGCUCAUUCAGAACAACCUUUUUGAGAUCGGCGUACCAAAACUGAAGAAGCUGAUUCGCUACAUCCGGUCAAAGCGAGGCGCCUUUCAAGAAGAGGAGCGACAGAAGAAGCUGCAGCGAUACGAGACGGACCACUUCCUGGAGCCGUUUGCCGGGUUGACGCCCGAAUACAUGGAAAUGAUCAUCCAGUUCGGCUUCGUCACUCUGUUCGUGGCGUCCUUCCCUCUGGCGCCGCUCUUCGCUCUGCUCAACAACAUCAUUGAGAUACGACUGGACGCCAAGAAAUUCGUGACCGAGCUGCGAAGACCAGUGGCCGCGAGAGCCAAAGACAUCGGUAUCUGGUACAACUUACUAAGAGGGGUUGCAAAUGUGGCUGUCAUCAUAAAUGCGUUUGUCAUCUCCUUCACCUCGGACUUCAUCCCCCGGAUGGUGUACCAGUACAUGUACAGCCCGGACGGCUCCAUGCACGGCUUCGUCAACAACACGCUGUCCUACUUCAACGUCAGCCACUUCCAGCAAGGCAAAGAGCCCAUGGACCCGCAGUACCUCGGCUACCCCGUGGAGAUGUGCAGGUAUAAGGACUACAGAGAACCCCCGUGGUCAGACACCCCAUACGAGAUCUCAAAGGAGUUCUGGACCGUGCUGGCGGUCCGGCUGGCUUUUGUCAUCGUUUUCCAGAACGUCGUGAUGCUCAUGAGCGACAUCGUGGACUGGCUGAUUCCAGACAUCCCCAAAGACAUCAGCCUCCAGAUCCACAAGGAGAAGAUCCUCCUGGUGGACCUCUUCCUGAAAGAGGAGCAGGGCAAGGCCCGGAACCUCGAGAGCAGGGGCUGGACGGAGGGUAAGGUGAACUGCAGCAGGAGCAAGAGCAACAACAACAACAACAGCAGCGGCGGCGGCGGCGGCGGCGGCCACGCGGUCACUCAGCCGCGUUAGGGUACGCACGCCAACAGCACCAACAGCCUCUAACGCCUCUUCCUUCAACCCGAACUGUUUCAUGUUCAGAGCAUUCCAACCACUGGGGGAGCAGCCGGCCGAUGAGGUGCGAGGUGAAGGCGAAUGUUUUGGGGCCAAAUAUGUCGCAAUGUGCACGAAGAGUUCUGAACCCGCGUCGCAACCAGUACGCACGCUUGUGGAUGAACACAGGAAGACGUAGCUUUUAGCUUUUAGCGCGUAGCUUUUAGCUUUGCGUGUGUAGCUUUUAGUGUGUAGCUUGCUUUGCAUGCGUAGCUUAGAGCGUGUAGCUUUUAACACGCGUAGCUUUGCACACGUAGCUUUGCACACGUAGCUUUGCGUGCAAAGCUUUGCAUGCGUAGCUUUGCAUGUGUAGCUUUGCGCGCGUAGCUUUUCAUGUAGCUUCGAAUGCGUACCUUGUAGCUUUGCGUGCGUAGCUUUGCACGCGUAGCUUUGAAUGCGUAGCUUUUAGCUUUGCGUGCGUAGGUUUGCGUGCGUAGCUUUUCAUGCGUAGCUUUGAACGCGUAGUUUUGAGCGCGUAGCUUUUCACGUAGCUUUGCGUGCGGAGCUUUUCACGUAGCUUUGUGCUCGUAGCUUUGCAAGCGUGACUUUGCAAGUGUGACUUUGUACGCGCAUAGCUUUUCACGUAGCUUUGCAUGCGUAGCUUUGAACGCGUAGCUGUGGGCGCGUAGCUGUGGGCGCGUAGCAAACGUAUUUGACAAUAGGUCGGCGAGUAGCACUCGCUCAGAACCUCUAAAUGCGCAUAUACGAUCUAUAUAAUAUGCGUAUAAGAACCUGUGAAUGUGUACUCACUGUAUAUGGACUUUUAAAAAUGAGUGAAAGGUCCGAGGAUGUAAAUGAGAGCUGUCACACACGGUUUUCUGUUACUAAACUUUGUAGUUUCAGAGAAGAGAGAUUUGGCAUGUGUUUAUUAAUUUAGCAAGCGGCAGCUAUUGGAAACAUAAAAAAGGUAAAAGUGGUGUGGAAAAAAAUAAAUAAAACGAUGUGUUGCAUCAACAUAUGAAAGAGGCGUGGUCAGAGUGAGUUGAGUGCCAAUAUUUGACGCUGUGGGAACGAGACUGGACUGGCUCAUUUUUGUACUUUGAUAUAUCAUCUGCACCCAAAAAAAAAAUGCUGACUCAUUUCUCUAUGUACAUACACACUAGGAUGUGACUUUGCUACAUAUUUGGCUCCACAGUGUAGCACAGCGACGUGAACGCAUGUGCACUUUUUCCUUUUCAGAGAUGAUUGGAAAGUGUGAUUUGUCAGUUUUCUAAUAAGAGUUGUUCUGUAUUAGUUCUAUAUUCUUAAAGUCAUACAAUUUGCCUACAGCUGUAUUUUGGUAAAUAGACUUGUUUUACUCUCCAGAAAUGUUUCCCAGUAUUUUUAAUUUUAAUUCGCUAUGACGCGUGCACUGUGAGCGAAGCAAUGAUGCGGUCUCUCCUGCUUAAUACAAUGUGGAGGCGGGUGUCCGUGUAUACUCUGAAUAAAUAUUGUAUUUCUACAGCA